CUCGAGCGUAUCUCUUUACUCCUCAAUUGUAAGCAUCGAAGAGAGUUCCCUCGCCCUCCCAUUCCAUGGCCUAAACGCCAAAGUCACCCACUCCCUUUUCACUCAAUCGCCUAGAUUCCUACACCAUCCUCCAAGCACUUCUUGCACUUCCUCACAAACCCUAGAAAAUGUCGGGCGGCUUCUUCCGGGGUACUUCGGCCGAUCAAGACACUCGGUUUUCUAACAAACAAGCGAAGCUGUUGAAAUCGCAGAAGUUCUCUCCUGAAUUAGAGCAUCUGGUGGACAUGACGAAGGUCAAGAUGGAUGUUAUCAAACCGUGGAUUGCUAAUCGGGUGACAGAACUUCUCGGGUUCGAAGAUGAAGUUCUUAUUAACUUUAUUUAUGGUCUUCUGGAGAAAAAGGAAGUGAAUGGAAAGGAGGUUCAAAUAUCACUCACAGGAUUCAUGGAGAAGAAUACUGUGAAGUUUAUGAAAGAGCUUUGGACGCUCCUCCUUAGUGCGCAGAAGAAUGUAAGUGGUGUUCCUCAGCAGUUUUUGGAUGCCAAAGAAGAAGAAAAUAAGAAGAAGAAGGCUGAGGCAGAUAGGAUAGCGAAUGAGAUCGAGAAGAAUAAAUCUAAAGAAAGUAGAGAACUUGAGCAAGAGAGAAUGAAGAAAAUGGACGACAUGGCUGAAAUGAGUGGACUUAACUCUGCUUUGGAGCCAAACUUGAAGCCCAGGGCUUUGAGUAAUCUUUCUAAGGAUGAGGAACUAGCUGACAAGAGGAAUAAUGGCGUGAGAGGAAGGAACAGGGUUUCCGAAUCACCACAUCCAGCCAAACGUUCCCCUUCAUCCCCUCGAGGCUCUCCAUCUCGGUCAAUUAGCAGAUCCUUUUCUAAUGCCAAAAGCCAUUCAGAUGACAGGCACAAGUCAAGGAGUUCAUCUAGAUCACCUAAAGCUCGAGGGAGAUCUAAUUCUGUGGGCAGGGUGUACCGUUCCCCACUCAGAUCUGUGACACCUCAUCGAAGGCAUUCGCCUUUGCAUUCCCGCUCUCCUUCAAGACGGAUGUCAUCUUAUUCAAGACGAAGAUCUAGAUCACGCUCACAUCGUAGAUCACCCUCUCCGGUGAGGCGUCGGUUGCGCUCUCCUUUUCGCCGCAGGUCACCUUCUCCAGUUCGACGUCGUAGAUCUCCUUCUCCAGUUCGACGCCGUAGAUCUCCUUCUCCAUUUCGUCGCCGUAGGUCACCUUCUCCUAUUAGGCGUCGAAGAUCACCUUCUCCUGUUAGGCGUCGAAGAUCACCUUCUCCUAUUAGGCGUCGAAGAUCACCUUCACCUGUGCGACGACAUAGGUCGCCAUCACCUAUUCGACGAAGAUCCCCUUCUCUUGUGCACCGUAGAUCACUAUCACCUAUUCGACGUAGAUCACCCUCGCCUAUUCGACACAGAUCACCAUCUCCCUUUCGAAGAGGUUCUCCUGUACAACCACAAUAUCGAAGGUCUCCUCCCCGACGCAUCUCUCCACUUAUGCGGCGUAGGUCACCUAUACCCAUCCGUAGGAGAUCAUCGACCCCAUCCUUGCGUAGGUCUCCUUCACCCUACAGAUCAAGUUCUUCAUCUCCUAUACAGCGUACAUCUCCAUCGCCAAUCAGGAGAAAAUCUCCAACGCAACGUAGGAGCCCAAUGCCAUCCUCCAGAGAAAGAAUCAGGACACAUGAAAAACUGCCACCCCUGGCACGGCGAUCUUCUAGUUCUUUGAGGUCUCCACAGAGGGAUCCGAGAGUUCGAGGCGAUAUCCGCAAAAAAGUGUCAGUUUCAAAGUCUUCACCAGAGAGGUCUUUAUCUGUUUCAGAAUCCCCACCACUGGCCAGAAACAGGGUUCAUAGUGAAGAUAGGAAGUCAUUUAGUCCGCGUCAGAGUCCUGUUAGGCAAACAGGGAAGCAAGUGAGCCGUGAUGGCAGCUUCAGUUCUGCACAAAAUCCUCAUUAUGACAGUCUAGAAACAAGUGAAGAAAGGGAAGAACCCAACUUUGCGAGGGAGGAUGUGGAUCAUACAUCAAAGUUGUCACAGAAAAGGUCCGUGCAUUCAUCUGCUGUCAACAAACAGAAAGAUUCACCUAUCAAGGUACGUUACAAGGAUGGACUUGCUCCUAAAGGAUUAGCAGAUCAUCAGGUUACUGAAUCCCAGGCUGCUCCUGAUAUCAUGGAAUUGCGAAGGAAAGGAGAGGAGAUAAGAAGUGAUAAAUCUUCUGGGAGGGCGGUUCCUCCCGAAUCUCCAACAUUGUAUAAAGACUCUUCUCUGGGUGAUGGGAAACAUCCAUCAUACCCUGGAGAAAGUACUGAUGAGAAGAAUCGGUCUCGUCCCAACAAUGUUAAUAGCAAUCAACGUGAUGCAGAUGAUGUUCAAGAUUCAAUUGGAAAAGUUGAUCAUAAUAAUCAGACUGCUCCAUAUGAUUCCAGUUCUGAGAAAAGUGAUAAACACAAAAGUGAAUAUAAGAAAAGGAGAAAGCAUAAAAGAUCAGAUAGGAAGGAGGUUGAUUUAGAUGAUGAUGACAGUUACGAUUCUGAAUUGGAGGAUAGGAAGGAGGCAAAGAGGAGGAGGAGGAAGGAAGAAAAGAAACUGCGGAAGGAGGAAAAACGUAGACGGCGUGACGAACGGCGUCGGAGAAGGGAAGAGCGGCGUGCGGGGAAGCUGAAAGUGAAGAAUCAGGAUGAUGUUUACAGUUCUGAGGUUGAACAUACUGCAAGGAGGGAGUCUCAUCCAAGCGAUGAUGAAGAGAUGCAGUCUGAGCAGAAGAGGCUUGAGAUUGAGUUACGGAAGAAGGCUCUCGAAUCACUUAAAGCAAAGAAGGGCAUUAGUCACUAAAAUUUUUGCUGCCAUUGGAACCUUAAGCUGCUAUUUUUCUUAUGUCAUUUUUUUGUCUUUAGUUUCUGUUGAACGUUAUGUUUUCAAGCUUGCUAGGAAGUUUAUGCUCGAAAUGGUAUUGGUUACUGUUUGAUGUAUUUUAUGUUUACUGCUGGCAGCGGAAAUGGAUAAAUGAGGAUUUCCUGAGCUA